AUGCCCAGUAGUCCCCUGCUGGACCAGCGAGCUGUGCUACAUGCAUACCAUCACCUCUUCCGCCAGGCAUUGAAGGCCAUCCGUUAUUCGGUCCCCGGCCGCCAUGUCCUACGCACCACGAUGCGCAACAGCUUUCGCUCCUCCUCGGUCGAGGAUUUUGAUCCCACCAGAAUUGCCAACACCCUCCUCUUCCUCGAACGAGCGACCAAGACCACGGGGCUGGAGCACAAGAUUGUGAAAAAUAUCUUGUUUUGCAGAUACUGGGAGCUGCCUGGGGCCCGCAGAGAGUCGAAAGUCUUGCGAAGCCUAGGGCUCGGGAACUCGGAACAUUCGUUGCGGAAAAGCGCCUAUGAGCAGCUCAACUCGACCCUGGAGCUCCUGAACCAGAGCUUGGGGACGUGUCUAAGGUGA